AUGAGCAGUCGAAGAGACGAUCUUCAAGAAACAGCAUGGAGUUCUGGAGAUUGCUGCAUUCAAGUCUAACUUUGUUAAUCCUUGUUACCAGCAGCUGUAAAGGACACAUCAAAACUGGAUCCUCUUUGAAAAUGGAUCAAGCUUUGCUCACAUUUUAUAACCAACUGACAGAAGAGGUGCAGGUUUUCUACACAUCUGAUUACUGCUACAAGUGUCUGUACCAGCAUUUGGCCACAGUGAAACCCAACAACAACAAUGCAUCUGUCAUAAUCAGCACCAAAUUCACCCUGACUGUGCAAGUAUCAUCGCAAACGAGGAAUGAAACUCUCUGCAGGUGGAUUCAGACAUAUGAGGAAGGUGGUCAUUACUCUGUUCGGAUCCACAUGACAGAGGUCAGCACUAAUCCCAGCUGCACUCCCACUGUGAAUAAAACACCAAACAAUCCAUACCUGCCUCUUGUGGUGGCAGCACUCCUACUGGCCAUAGUGGCUCUCUUAUUCGUUGUGAUACCCUACAUCUACAGGAGGCGUUGUACAUCAACAUUUAUUAGGACCAUUUGCUGCCAAGACUCAAGCUACUCAGUGGAUAAUGACAUUGCACUUGAUUCUGAAACUCCGCACAAUACUAGUAAAGCUAAACCAACACGUCUGCUCUCCCUUGACGCUUUCCGAGGGUUUGCGCUGACAGUGAUGGUGUUUGUGAACUAUGGUGGAGGAGGCUACUGGUUCUUUCAACAUGCGCCUUGGAAUGGUCUGACUGUGGCAGAUCUUGUCAUGCCAUGGUUUGUGUUUAUAAUUGGGACUUCAGUGGUUUUGGCUUUCAGAUCCAUGCAGAGGAAAGGAGUCAGCCGCCUGCAGCUGCUGCGAAAAAUCACCUGGAGAACAGUCGUCCUGCUGAUGCUCGGCUUCUGCUUUCUCAACUACUCUCCAAGAGACGGACUGUUGUCCUGGUCCUGGCUGAGGAUCCCUGGAGUGCUGCAGCGUCUGGGCUUCACCUACUUUGUUCUGUCUCUCCUGCAGACUUUCUGGGGCCAGAAAGAAAUCCCACUGAGAGUGCAUCACUGGUGGAACCCUGUCCAGGAUGUUUUCCUCUAUUGGCCACAGUGGCUGAUUAUCAUCCUGCUGGAGGCUUUGUGGCUGUGCAUCACUUUCCUCAUGCCUGUACCCAACUGUCCCACAGGAUAUUUAGGAGCCGGGGGAAUCGGUGACAACAGUCUUUACCCAAAUUGUACCGGAGGAGCAGCAGGAUACAUUGACAGGUGGAUGUUUGGUGAUAACAUGUUCAGAUACCCCACAUGCAAAGAACUGUAUAAGACUACACAGCCUUUUGACCCAGAGGGGGUUCUGGGUACAAUCAACUCCAUUGUCAUAGGAUUUCUGGGGAUGCAGGCGGGGAAAAUUAUCAUUUUCUACAAAAAGAUGAACAUCCACAUCCUCUGUCGAUUCCUAGUGUGGGCCGUCCUCCUGGGAAUCUCUGCAGCCAUCCUUUCUAAGUGCACACGAGACGGAGGAUUUAUACCUGUCAAUAAAAACCUUUGGGAUGAACUCCAUCUUUGUGUAUGUUGGCCACUCUCUACUGGGUUUCUACUUCCCCUUCAGCUGGGAGAUGCGCUUCCAGGAGAGUCACUGGGAGUUUCUCCUGCAGAGCCUGUGGGGAUCCUCACUGUGGGUGCUCAUCGCCUACCUGCUCUACAGGAAGAAAUUCUUCCUCAAAAUAUAAGAAAAAUAAAAGAUCCUGCAGAGGAUAUUUUCUUAUUUUUCCAAUCAAAAGCAAACACUGCUCAGAAGGUAUACAGAUUAUUGCAACAUCUGGGGGAGUUCUUAAAUACCUGGCCCAGGUUCUUGGCUUAAUCAGUUUAGUCGACUUCUAGGAAGUACAACCUUCCCACAUACACUGGAAUGAAUUGAACUAAUGUCUGAGUCAUCUGAUCAAGCAUCUUAAAAUCACGCAGCUCAAAGUUUUUAUCAAAUACAAAGUGCAGCAAAGUGGAGCUGUGAAGUAUGAAAAUGUUCGUCCAUCUAAUCCAUAUAAUGCAGUUUCUGUAGAAGAUGUCUGAUCUGCUGUCAGUGUGGGCAGCUGAGGAUUUAUUCCACUUGUUUUCUGCACAGAAUAGACUGAUUAAAUCAAAUAUACUGAGGUGGUACUUAACAAAUUAGGCCGAGUGAUUCAACAACACACCAGGCUGACUAUUAUGAGUCUGUUGCCAUGGCCACUCCUCUUUGUGUGUCUGUGUGUGUGUGUGGGUACCAUCUGCUGUCCGGGUGACGGUACUUUACUAGGGGUCAAGAUGCACGACUCACAAAGGAGUGUCAUUAAUGGGACCGACACCUCUUGCACUCAUUGUAUUAGAAAAUCAGGGAAAUUACACAAAUCCAAUUCAUCAGACGAGCCCCUUUCAAAGAGCCCGAGCCCUUUACAUGUUUUACAUUUUGCAUAUUUAACACCCAGAGCCACUUACUUACUGAAACAGGGUUCAUUCUCAGCCUGAGAUUAUAAUAUUCCCACAUGAUUGACAGCCAAGUUGAGAGAUUUACACACAUUUGUAGAGCCCUGAACAUCUUCAGAUCAGUGUCCCUCAGCAUCAAGUCAGGUGGUGUGUACAUCGUGAAAUAACCAUCUAGUUAAUGAAACAGCAUCAUGCUCUUCCUCCACAGUGAAAUCCUAUUAUGCACUCCUCAGAAGCCGUAACAACGUUGCAUAACAUGGUGUAGUGGUUUUGGCAAUUGUGUUAUGAGGAGAAGUUGUUGUUUGAAUUCCAGUAGGUGCAUCCUGCCUUCUUGAACAAGACUCAAAUCAGUAAUUGCUUUUCCAAACUACUGUGCCAACAACGGAAAUGCAUAGCUGAUUCAUCAUGAGAUGAAAAUAAAAUCAAUAUGGACUCAC